AGGAGGAGGUAGAUCCAGAUCGGAAGGGAGGGAUCCCACCCACGGGACCAGGCUCCGUUCGUCUCCUUCACUAUCCUUCCCAAAAAUCCCUCUGUUCAGGAGAUUACCUAAAGCAAGAAAGAAACAGACACAGAAAAAUAAGCCUCUUUUCAAUCACCGUCGAUCUUCAAAAAAUGUUCUCCUUCGUCAACACCACACCACCUUCAAAAACCAGCCAAAAAAAAACAAAACCCCCCCUGCCUUCUAGCCAAAACCCUCUAUUUAUACCCAUCAACAACCGAGCUUUAUCUUAUUCAAAAACGAGACAACGUGCCAAGGAGAAUCGCACAACCAGAGCAGGUACAAGAUCGGGUUGCAGGAUUGCGUUGCAGCCGGGGAUUGCACGAUUGGGGCAUAGGUGAUGAGUGCAGAUCGGCUCGGGUAGAGGAGGGGUGAUGAGUGCAGAUCUGGGCUCGGGCAGAGGAAGGUGCAGGCGCGCAGGGGGUAGGGCACGUAGGCGUGCAGGAGGCAUGAUUGCCGGUGCGCAGAGUGCAGGAGCUAGUGCAGAGCAAAGCUGGUGCAGGAAGCAAGGCCGGGCGCAACAGAGUGCAGGCUGGGGCAGAGGAAGGUGCAGGCGACCUGGGCGCAGAGUAGGGAGCAGGGGCGUAGGUGCAAGGCUCGGGCGUAGGUGCAGGGCUAGUGCAGCUAGGCUGGGCGUGCGAGGGGGCGAUGAUGGCUCGGUGCAGAGGAGUUGGGCGCGGUGCAGAGGAUCUGGGCUGUGCAGGGGGGAGAGGAAGCUGGAGAUUGAUGCCGAGGAGGGUGGAGGCUGAUUCGGGAGAGAGAAAAGUAAAAGGAAAAUGGAAGAAAGAGGUUCCAGAGAAAAAAAAGAUUUAAUCUUUUUUCUUUUCUUUUCUUUUCUUUUUUUUGGGUUAAAUGGGUUUGGUAUUUGGGCUUGGGUUUGGGUAAUUGUUGGUUUUGGAUUUUGGGUAAUUUUUGGUUUUGGGAUUUUGGGCUUGGGUAGUUGGUAGGCUUUGGGUUUUGGGUAAUUGGGUUUGAGUUUGGUGGGUUUUGGGCUAGACUUUGCAUUUCACCCCUCCAACUUUCCAUUUCUUCAAUUGAGUCCUUUCUCGAGUUUCCUUUCCCAUUUCCUUCUUGAAUUUCCCCUUUUUGCACCUGAAAGAAAAAUGAAGAUGUAUUAGUUAA